AUGGAACAGAAAAGCUCAGAUAAUAGUGAUGAUAAUGAUGGGGAGUUAACAACAAACCAGAUAAAACUUAAGGCUCAAGAAAUUGCUAAACGAAUUGAAAAAUACCAUGGGAGAUACACAUCUUCUAGUCGGUGUAACACACCUCUGCCACUCACUUCAGCAGAAAGUAUAGAGUCUAUACAAAGUAAUAGUAUUAUUUCUGAUACGAGUGAAAAAAUUUUGUUAUUCCGACAAUUUUUAGAGAAUGACAGAAAGUUAGUCGAGAAUAGUAAAAUUGAUGAGCAAAAAUAUAGUAAUGAUGAUCAAGCCAAUGAUGUUAAUUUGUUAGAUGUGCAACAACAUGAAAAAGGAAAACCUAAUGCGACAUAUUAUGAAGAUAUUAUAUCAGCGCAAUUUCAUGAAAAAAAUAUACAAUCUUUAAAAAGUCAAAUUGUUGAAUUGAAUGAAAAACUUGAAAAUUAUCGUAAUAAUAUUACUGAAAAAGAUAUGUUAUUACAAUUAAAAAUUGAGAAAAUUGAGUCAUUAAACAAAGCUAUAGUGCAAAACAAAAAAUCACAUUUAGAAACGGUGGAAGCAUUAAAAAAAAGAAAUAUUGAAGUCAUAAAUGAAGAACGUUCAAGGUGUACUCAAAAGAUUAAUCAUAUUGCAGAAGAAUCAGAAGAAUUAAAAAAUAACUUAGAGGAUGUCCAAAGACUCUGUGAUAAAUUAAAAAAAAAAAAUAUUAAAAUUGGUAAAGAAAACACUGAACUAAGAAAAAAAGAAAUGAAUUUGACAUCAGAAAUUGAAGAAUUAAGUAUAAGCUAUGAGAACGAAAAAAAAUCGAUUCUACAACGCAAUCAAGAAAAUUCAAAACAUCUUAUUGGUGAUAUGGAAAAAGAAUUGCUGAGCUUACAACAGGAAAAUGAUUUAUUAUCAAGCCAUGUAGCUAUGUUAGAAAGCAAGUCAAUGCAUUUUCAAGAAAAUGAUAAUUUAUUAACGGAACUCGACAAAAAAGAAUCAGAAAUUCAACGUUUGAAUCUUGAAAACGAAAAAUUAAACAAACAACUUCAAAAUCAAGUAUUAGAUGCUCAGCAGAUAGAAAAUCGUUGGAUUCAGUUAAAAGAUGCAUACCUCAAUGAUAAAGACCGUAUGACUCUUUUGGAAAAAGUAAUUGAUGAAUUAAAAAUGAAUAAUAAUGAGUUGAAUGAUGCUAAUAUUAAAUUAACUGAGCAAUAUGAAAAAUCUAUAGAAAAUUUAAAGUUAUUAAAGGCUGACAAUGGCUCACAUCAAGAACGCAUUUCUGACUUAAUGGCAGUUAUAGAAAACAUGCGUGAAACAUUUGAAAAAGCUAUGAAAGAAUCUUCAAAUGAGUACGAACAAAAUAAAAAACAUUUUAUUCGACAACAUGAAGAUGAUCAAGCUUUAAUUACAACUUGUAAUAAUAAACUUAAAGAUAGCAUUACAUCGGUAAAUGAAUUAACUUAUCAAUUAAACAUUGUUUUAAAAGAAAACAACUCAUUUAAAUGUGAACGUUUAGAGUUUGAUGAUUGUCUUAGUAAAAAAGAUGCAGAAUUAUUUCAACUGAAUAAUGCUAUUACAGAAUUUCAUACAUUAUCUACACAAUUAACUAAUGAGUUGGAAUUGGUUAAAAAAGAGAAUAGUAUGCUUUCAGACAAAUUAAAUGGAACCAAUUUUGCGAUGGAAGAUAAUAAAUUAUUAUCGGAUCGAUACCAAAAACAAAAACAACUACUGAAAGUAAAAAUCAAAGCCUUAAAAGAAUCUGAAAGCAAUUGUUCACUUUUACAGCAGCAAGUUGCCUCUUUAAAUAAAGAAAUAAAUGUUUUGAAUCAGAGAUUAGCAUAUGUUAUUCAAAGUAAAAAACAAAUAAGUACUGUCGUACGAAACUGUGAUGCAGAACUUCAAAAGUGUUAUGAUUUAUUAAAUACAAUUGUAAUCAAAUCAAAUUUACAAAAUCAAAACAUAAAUACACUUCGUUGUGUUUUGAUGGGUUUGGCAUCAUUAUUGACUUUUGACAAUUUUGGGGUUGACGUCAAUGUUGAUUUAUUUGAAGUCAUCGAUUCAAUUUGCAAUAACACCAUUCUAGAUGAUAAUGAACUGCAAAUUUGUAUUAAAAAAAUGGUUUUUGGUUCCAUUAAUAUUUUAGAAUACAUUGUAAAUUUAAAUGAUUCUCAAAAGCGUUCCAAGGCACAAUCAAUUGACCGCACUGAAGUUGAAAAAUUUGUAUCUGAAGCUGUAGAAAAGGUUAAAUUAUCCACACAAAAUGAAUAUCAAAAACAAAUAAAUGAAUUGCUCCAAUUAAUAGAAAACUUACAAAAUGAUAAUUAUACAUUAAAAUUAAAUAUGUCUUCUGGCACUCUAGAAAAUAAAGAAGUGUUAACAGAUUUAAAUGGUCUUGCAGCAAACAGUCUAGUAUCUUUAGAAAAUGUAGAUAUACAAAGUAUAAAGCAUGAAAACGAUACAUUAAAACAAUUUUUGAAAAAUAUCCAAGAAGAUUUGGGUUUAGCUAUUAUUGAUGAGAUAGAUGAUGGAGAGUUACUGAACUAUUUAAGUACACUUGAGUUUCAUGUACAGGAAAUAAAAAAUGAAAAUAAAUUGUUAAAAAAUCAGAUUGAUGAACAUCAGAGAUUGAUUUCUUUGAAACAAUCUACUGAAUUGCAAACUGAUAAAUAUUCAAAUUUAAACACACAAAAUGCAUCGGUUCAAACUAUAGAAAACUUUGAAGAAAACGAUGAAGGUAAGAAAAAAGUGUCUGAAGAUGUAUGUUUGAAGCAAUUACAUAAUUCUGAAAUGUCCACUUUGGCAGAAAAUGGUGAUACAAAGAUUUUACUAGUUCGUUACAAAAAUUUAAAAUCUCGAUUCAAAGAAAAUCGUGCUAAAACCAUUGACUUGGAAAAAAAAAUUUUCAACUUGACAAAUGAUUUGGAAUGUGCAAAUUCUAAGUAUAAGCAAUUAAAUGACCAAUAUGCCAAUGAAAAUGAAACUCAUGAAGCAGAUAUAAUCCAUUGUCAGUCAGAAAUUGAAAAUCUCAUGAGUGAAAAACUUGAAGCCUAUCGUCAAUUGACGGCACUAAAGGAAAAACAUGAAAUAUUGCAAAAUGAUUAUGAUCAACUUAAAAGUAAUUUGGAUGACCAGAAUCCUUUAAAUGAUACAGAUACAACUUCUGUUCACAUUAGCGACCAAAAUAUAGUUCUAAAAGGAAAAUUGAAUGAAACUCAACGUUUAAUUGAUUCAGCUUAUUCAAGAGUGUUCUGCGAAUGGCCGCCAAUUGAAAAUGAUUCUGACUGGGUAGUUGUUCAAUCCAAAAAAUUAGAUAAAAUAGUCGAUGCUAGAUCUUCUGACAGUAUUGAUGGUUUUAAUUUAGAAGAGUCGAAAGUUAAACAAUUACAAAAUUGUGUUCAAACUAUUCAUGAAUUAGUUUCUUCUAUUUUAACCAAUACAUCCAGUAUUGAAAUUUCUUCAAGUAAUGUACUAGUUGAUUUAAUGUCAGACUUAAAAUUGUGCUCAGAUACAUUAUUAGAAUUAAUAUCUUUUAAAAAUAAUAAAUCCACCAACAAACUUUGUACAGAAUUAUCUCAAGAUCAUGUAGUUGAAGAUAGUAAUUCAUUUCCCCCUGAAAAGUCAUCAAUAAAUGAAUCUUUAAAUUCAAGUGAAGAAGCAACACAAUCUUCCUUGUUAAGAAGUGGAGAAAACGAACAGCUACAGCGGUCCAUUGCUGAGCGUGAUCGAUUAAUUGAAUUUCUUUCAGUUAAAAUAUCAAAAUUAGAUAAUUUAAAUCGAAAUGUUGAUGAUAUAAGAUUAGUUCGAGACAAACUUGACAGAGCAUUAACAGCCGUUCACGAGAGAGAUGUUCGAUGUGACGAAUUAACUUUAGAAUUAACCCGGUUAUUAGAAGAACGUGAUAUGCUGCAAUUGAAACUAUCUAACUCUAUUAGACAAAUUCAAUUCUUGUCUAACAAUAAGCCGCAAUCGGGUACAUCAAAUUUGCCAGGAGAAAAUUUUGAUUUGAAAACCAUGGAUGAUAAACUAGAAGAAUUGCAUAGUUUAGAGUAUAGAAGAGAUGCUGAGUUGUUUAGUGAUCAAGAACAGAGACAUAUGUCUCAAAUGCAACUCCAUAACCAUCAAGAUAAUUCUAUUACCCCAGGAGCUAAUUCACAUCAAACUACAGAAGAAGCAAAUACUGCGCUAUCCUGGUUUAAAGAUAUAUUAUGGUGA